ACAAAAAUCUGACGUCUGGAUGUGAUGAGAGGUUAAACUAGCUAAGUACUCCCUUGGAAAUUUCCCCCUGGGAUUCGUGGAUUAACUGAAACCGUCUGAAAAUAAAGUUAUAGUAAAUGUACUAUUUCAUUUGUUGUCAUCUUUGCCGAGUCUGAUUUGUCGCUCCCAGGCUCCUUAGCUAAUACUAGUUAGCCGGUAGCCUUGUUAGCUUGACGGUAAAAAAAAAAAAGUAAUAAACGUGAAUAUUUGAAUAAUGUCCGGACCAAAUGGAGACCCAGACAUUUCUAUCGACGAUGGCAUUAUAAACGACGAAGACGAAUUCGGCGAAGAAGAGUACGCUGCCAUCAACUCCAUGCUGGAUCAGAUAAACUCCUACCUUGAUGAUCUGGAGGAGCGCAAUGAUGCACUCAAUGGCAAAUUGCAUGAACUGAUGGAGUCCAAUCGGCAAGCCCGGCUGGAGUUCAGGGCUCAACUGUUCGGCUCCCCAAACCAGGAGGAGCAUCAUCCUGCAGACGGGGACUCCUCAUCCAAGAAGGAGGAACUGAACGAGGACAGUGGGGUCUCGCAAAUGAGUGACAAGAGCGAGUAGACGAAGGGGACUGAGCUCAGCAAAAUUCAAAGAUAGGAGCAUUUAUGAAAGCUGAAUCAACUUCUGACCUCUGUUUUAGGACUGGUGACCCCUGAUCUGCGUAGCCUUGCCUGUCUGAUUCUUCUGUAAAUUUACACCCUCAUCAGCAGACAUGUACGACUGUGAUGUUUUGCAUCUGCUCUGUCACUGAACUCAAUGCACUUUCUCUCCAUUGUUGAACUAUGGCGUGCUAAUGUUUGGUUUCUGAGCAGAGUGGAGUGUACGGGUCUCUAACAGCUUCUCAUACAAGUUGGACAUCACAGGUACUUUGCACUCAGCUGCAGGCUUGCUGAAGUCAAAUGUGUUGCCAUGUAAAAAGAGUUGUGUUCAGGGUCAUGUGAGACAUCAUGAAGACAAUUCCUGGGUUAAGAGAAAGCAUCCACUGAGUGUCGAUGUCAGCUUUGUAAUAGCUGUAUAAUUUGUGUAAUUAUUGUAUCACCCCCCCCCCCCCCC